CAGCAGGACAGCAAUGAGCUGGGAUACAAAAGAAGCAAGAGGAUGGAUGCUGAUGGCUUGAGGGCUGGCUUUUUUUUAUGUGCUAAAAGCUGUUAAUCCUCCUGCCUUUGUGUAGCCGGGGGUCCUUACUGAAGUCCGAGCCUUUUAAAAGGUGCUUUUUGUUAUCCAUGCAAUCAGUGGACAUCUGUUUGCCAAGACGUCCUCUUUGAAGCCAAAUCGACUCUCCAUCGUGGAGCCUUGGCUGUCCGGCCAGGUCAAAGGUCACCGCCAAGCAUGCUGCCAAAUCACUCUCCAAGGAUGUCAGCCCUCAUCCUAUUGGUGGCUCUACUGUCCCUGCUCCUGAUUGGCUGUGAUUCUCAAUCUGCCCCCAGAUUCACCAAGGUCCCCGUUGACCAGAUUGGAGUCUCCGGAGGGGUUGCCUCCUUCGUCUGCCAGGCAACGGGCGAACCCAAGCCACGAGUCACCUGGAACAAGAAAGGGAAGAAAGUCAACUCCCAACGCAUUGAGACGAUUGAAUUUGAUGAAGGGGCUGGGGCUGUUCUUCGGAUCCAGCCUUUACGAACGCCCCGGGACGAAAACAUUUACGAAUGCAUCGGAGAGAAUUCAGAGGGAGAGGUGACGGUCAGCGCCAAGCUCUCCAUCCUCAGAGAAGACCAGUUACCCUCAGGGUUUCCUAAUAUCGACAUGGGCCCCCAGCUGAAGGUGGUGGAGCGAACUCGCACCGCCACCAUGCUUUGCGCAGCCAGCGGCAACCCAGACCCAGAAAUCACCUGGUUCAAGGACUUCCUGCCCAUUGACCCCAACAUGAGUAAUGGGCGAAUCAAGCAGCUCCGAUCAGAGGCCUUUGAAGGUACCCCAAUACGAGGAGCUCUGCAGAUCGAGAACAGCGAGGAGACGGACCAGGGCAAAUACGAGUGUGUGGCGUCCAACAGCGCCGGGGUGCGCUACUCUUCCCCCGCUAACCUUUACGUGCGAGAGCUUCGAGAAGUGCGUCGGGUGCCCCCCAGGUUCUCCAUCCUGCCCACAAGCCACGAGAUCAUGCCAGGAGGCAGCGUCAACAUCACCUGCGUGGCGGUGGGCUCACCCAUGCCCUACGUCAAGUGGAUGCUGGGAGCAGAAGACCUGACCCCCGAGGACGAGAUGCCGGUUGGGCGGAAUGUUCUGGAGCUGAACAGCAUCCGGGAGUCCGCUAACUACACAUGUGUUGCCAUGUCCAGUCUGGGCAUAAUUGAGGCCGUAGCACAGAUCACAGUGAAGUCUCUUCCUAAACCACCCGGGACGCCCAUUGUGACGGAAACCACGGCAACCAGCGUCACCAUUACCUGGGACUCGGGCAACCCUGACCCCAUCUCCUACUACAUCAUCCAGUACCGCUCCAAAUCCUCCGAAAGCACCUACCACAUCAAGGAUGGCAUCACCACCACUCGGUACAGCAUCGGCGGGCUGAGCCCCAACACGGAAUACGAGAUCCGGGUCUCGGCGGUCAAUACCAUUGGGCAGGGACCGCCUAGCGAGCCCGUAGAGACCAGGACUGGUGAACAAGCCCCUGCCAGCCCUCCUCGCAACAUCCAGGCUCGCAUGCUCAGCGCCAACACUAUGAUAGUCACCUGGGAGGAACCGGAGGAACCUAACGGGCAGAUCCGUGGCUACCGAAUCUACUACACCAUGGACCCGUCCAAGCCCAUCAACGCCUGGCAGAAGCACAAUGUGGACGACAGUCGCUUGACAACCGUGGGCAGCCUGGUGGCCCAGGAGACCUAUAGCAUCCGGGUGCUGGCCUUCACAUCUGUAGGGGAUGGGCCAUUCUCCGAUCCCGUUCAUCUGAAAACCCAGCAAGGAGUCCCAGGACAGCCGAUGAAUUUCAGAGCGGAGGCCGUGUCAGACACCAGUAUCCAGCUGUCGUGGGACCCUCCAAGACAGGAGAACAUCAUUAAAUUCGACCUGCAUUACAGGGAAGGGGAACAUGGGAAAGAGAUUCAAGUCACCUUUGAACCCACCACAUCCUAUACCCUGAGCGGUCUGCGCGCCAACACAGACUACUACUUCCGGCUAGCGGCUCACUCAGAACUGGGGCUCGGCGCCUCCACCACGGAAAUCUCCCAGAGGACUUCUCAAGCCAAACCCUCCGCUCCCCCUCAAGACAUAAAGUGCUCCAGCUCAAGCUCCACCACCAUACUGGUAAGUUGGCGUCCGCCGGUAGCCGAGAGUCAAAACGGCAUCCUGGUGGGGUACAGCGUGCGCUACCAGGCUCUGGAAGGAGAGGAUACCACGGCCAGAGAAGUGAAGGACAUCCCUCCGUCGACCAAUCAGAUCCUCCUGGAGGGGCUUGAGAAGUGGACAGAGUACCACAUCAGCGCGGUGGCCUACACAGAAAUCGGGCCCGGUCCGGAGAGCAAGCCUGUGGUCACUCGGACUGACGAGGACGUGCCUGGAGCCCCCCCGCGGAAGGUGGAAGUGGAGGUAUUGAAUUCAACAGCCAUCAAGGUGGUCUGGCGCUCCCUGCCCCCCAAUCGCCAACACGGGCAGGUCCGAGGCUACCAGGUGCACUACGUACAGGUGGAGAAUGGAGAGGCCAGAGGACUGCCCCUCAUCAAGGAUGUCAUGCUGGCCGAUGCACAGUGGGAGACCGAUGAUACAGCAGAAUAUGAGAUGGUCAUCACCGGUCUCAAGCCUGAAACCACCUAUUCCAUCACCGUGGCAGCUUACACCACCAAGGGGGAUGGCGCGCGCAGCAAACCCAAGCUGGUGGUGACCAAAGGGGCAGUUCCUGGCAAACCAGCUGUAUCGGUCAAGCAGACCUCAGAAAACAUGGCUGUGGUUCAGUGGCAGCCCUCCACGGAGACGCCUGUGCAGGUCCUGGGCUACCGGCUACAAUUCGGACGCCAGGACGUCUCUCCACUGGCCACGUUGGAGUUCACAGCCCAGGAGCUGCAGUACACUGUCAGCAACGUGCACAAAGGGGCAACAUACGUCUUUAAAGUGUCAGCCAAGAGCCGGUCAGGCUUCGGGGAGGAAGCCACGCAGGAACUGAGCGUGCCUGAGGAAGUCCCUAAGGGGUACCCCCAGAUUAUCGAGGUCUCCAAUAUCACGUGCUGCUCCGUCCAGUUCAGCUGGCUCCCCCCUGUUUUGGCUGAGAGAAACGGGGUGAUAACCCAGUACACCGUGGCUUAUAAAGAGUCGGGGGCUCCCGGUGCCCUGACGGAAAUGACUCUCCCAGCCUCUGAAAUGAGCCUGACUCUAAACGGCCUCAACCCAGACUCCACUUAUGACAUCAAAAUCCAAGCGCAUACCAGUGUAGGUGCAGGGCCCUACAGCCCUCCGGUCCAGUACCGGACCAUGCUUCUGGAGAAAGAUGUUCCAAAGAAUUUCAAGGUGAAGUUGGUGAUGAAGACGUCAAUUUUGCUGACCUGGGAGUUCCCUGAAAACAGGCACCCCUAUCGCUGCAAGAUCGAGUAUAACGGUCAGAGCGUUGAUGUGGAUGCCCGCGCCACCAAAGCGCUGAUCACAAACCUGCGUCCCAACACCACGUACAACUUCAAGAUGACCAGUGGAGAGGACAACAUGGGCGGCCUGAGGCACAAGGUGUUAACCAGGACUGCCCCAGCCGUACUGGUCACCAAGCCGAGCCUGAACCACAAACCAGACGCCGACGGCACUCUGACCAUCCUGCUGCCCUCCUUGGAAAUGGCAGUGCCGGUCAAGUACUACUAUAUCGUAGUGGUUCCUCUGAAGAGGGUGCGCGGGGCGUUUGUGAAGCAGUGGAAAAGCCCAGAUGAGAUGGACCUGGAUGAGGUGCUGAAGGAUAUCACUCGACGGGAACGACAGAGACGGAGCAUGCGUUACUCACGGCAACUGGACACAAAGCCUUUCAUCGCUGCCCGCUUCCGGACCCUGCCCUCGCACUUCACCCUCGGGGACCAGAUGGAGCACAACGGCUAUGAAAACCGCGCCCUGGAGCCUGGCCAGGAAUACGUCUUCUUUAUCCUGGCCAUGCUGGACAACCCGGAAGUGAGAAUGUUUGCUGCAAGCCCAUACACAGACCCGGUGGUGGCUCCAGACUUGGACCCUCGGCCCGUGGACGGGGGGGACGGCCUCAUCUGGGUGGUGGGACCGGUGCUGGCCGUCGUCUUCAUCAUCUGCAUCGUCAUCGCCAUCCUGCUGUACAAGAACAAACCUGACAGCAAGCGUAAGGAGUCUGAGCCCCGUACAAAAUGCCUCCUGAACAACGCUGAAAUCACUCCCCAUCACCCCACCGACCCUGUGGAGAUGAGACGCAUCAACUUCCAGACCCCAGAUUCUGGUCUGAGCAGCCCUCUCAGUGAUCCUGGUUUUGACUUUGAAAGCAUGCUCAAUCAUCCUCCGAUCCCCAUCGCCGACCUGGCGGAACACACAGAGUGCUUGAAGGCGAACGACAACCUGAAGCUGUCCCAGGAGUACGAGUCCAUCGACCCGGGGCAGCAGUUCACCUGGGAGCACUCUAACCUGGAAGUGAACAAACCCAAGAACCGCUACGCCAACGUCAUCGCGUACGAUCACUCGCGGGUCAUCCUGUCGCCCAUCGAGGGCAUCACCGGGAGUGAUUACAUCAACUCCAACUACAUUGAUGGGUACCGCAAGCAGAACGCCUACAUCGCCACCCAGGGGCCUCUGCCAGAGACCUUUGGGGACUUCUGGAGGAUGCUGUGGGAGCAGCGGGCGGCCACUGUGGUCAUGAUGACUAAGCUGGAGGAGAAGUCACGGAUCAAAUGUGACCAGUACUGGCCUGGUCGAGGCACAGAAACCUAUGGGAUGACCCAGGUGACGCUCCUAGACACCAUUGAACUUGCCACCUUCUGCGUCCGUACAUUCUCCCUGCACAAGAAUGGCUCCAGUGAGAAAAGGGAAGUACGGCAGUUCCAGUUCACAGCCUGGCCGGAUCACGGCGUUCCCGAGUAUCCCACCCCAUUCUUGGCGUUCCUGCGUCGAGUGAAAACCUGCAACCCCCCAGACGCUGGGCCAAUCAUCGUCCACUGCAGCGCUGGGGUGGGGCGCACUGGCUGCUUCAUCGUCAUCGAUGCCAUGCUGGAGCGGAUCAAGCACGAGAAGACGGUGGACAUCUACGGUCACGUGACCCUGAUGAGGUCACAGCGGAACUACAUGGUGCAGACGGAGGACCAGUACAGCUUCAUUCACGACUCCCUCCUGGAAGCAGUGGCUUGUGGGAACACAGAGGUGGCGGCUCGGAGCCUCUACACCUACAUCCAGAAGCUGUCUCAGAUCGAGACUGGGGAGCAUGUCACCGGCAUGGAGCUGGAAUUCAAGCGCCUUGCCAAUUCGAAAGCCCACACGUCUAGGUUCAUAAGUGCCAACCUUCCCUGCAACAAAUUCAAGAACCGCCUGGUCAACAUCAUGCCGUACGAGACGACCAGGGUGUGCCUACAACCAAUCCGAGGGGUGGAGGGCUCGGACUACAUCAACGCCAGCUUCAUCGACGGCUACAGGCAACAAAAAGCCUACAUUGCCACGCAAGGACCCUUGGCAGAAACGACAGAGGACUUCUGGAGGAUGUUGUGGGAAAAUAACUCCACCAUCGUGGUGAUGCUGACUAAACUACGAGAAAUGGGGAGGGAAAAGUGCCACCAGUACUGGCCAGCAGAGCGCUCUGCCCGGUACCAGUACUUCGUGGUGGAUCCAAUGGCUGAAUACAACAUGCCCCAGUAUAUCCUGAGGGAGUUCAAGGUCACCGAUGCCAGGGAUGGGCAGUCUCGAACAGUACGGCAGUUCCAGUUUACAGACUGGCCCGAGCAGGGUGUGCCAAAAUCAGGAGAGGGCUUCAUCGACUUCAUCGGCCAGGUGCACAAAACCAAGGAGCAGUUUGGACAGGAUGGGCCUAUCUCUGUGCACUGCAGCGCUGGAGUCGGCCGGACUGGCGUGUUCAUCACUCUCAGUAUAGUCCUGGAGAGGAUGCGCUACGAGGGGGUGGUGGACAUCUUCCAGACGGUCAAGAUGCUGAGGACACAGCGGCCAGCCAUGGUGCAGACAGAGGACGAGUACCAGUUCUGCUAUCAAGCAGGUCUGGAGUAUCUAGGAAGCUUCGAUCACUAUGCAACGUAAAAUGUCAUCGUGACACUAAUUCUGCUGUCCUUCCCCAGUCUCUGCUGAGCCAUAGAACCAUGUUUGAAAUUAAACAAAACAAAAACAAAACAACAAACCAUUUAUUUGAGCAAAGGACAGCAAUUGCAGGGAGGGAGGGAGGGAGGAGGGG